AUGGCCCUGAGCUUCAGAACCACCCGCCAUGCCACCAGGUUGGCCCAGGCCGCGCGACCGCUCUUCUCGGCCCGCCACUACGCGACUGCCGAGCCCGACCUGAAGACUGCCCUGAAGGAGGUCAUCCCCGCCAAGCGCGAGCUCCUUCAGAAGGUCAAGGCCCAGAGCGAUGAGACCAUUGGUGAGGUCAAGAUUGGCAGUGUCAUUGGAGGCAUGCGUGGCCUGAAGGCUAUGCUGUGGGAGGGAUCGGUGCUGGACGCCGACGAGGGUAUCCGGUUCCACGGCAAGACGAUCAAGGAUUGCCAGAAAGAGCUCCCCAAGGGCACCACUGGAACCGAGAUGCUCCCAGAAGCCAUGUUUUGGCUGCUCUUGACCGGUCAGGUUCCCUCCACCUCCCAGGUGCGCGCCUUCUCCAAGGAGCUGGCCGAGAAGUCCUAUCUCCCCUCUCACAUCCUGGACUUGAUCAAGUCUUUCCCCAAGUCCAUGCACCCAAUGACCCAGCUGUCAAUCGCCGUCGCUGCUCUGAACACGGAGUCCAAGUUCGCCCAGGCCUAUGAGAAGGGCCUGAACAAGGCCGAGUACUGGGAGCCUACUUUCGACGACUGCAUCUCGCUGCUCGCCAAGAUUCCCCGCGUUGCUGCGCUGGUCUUCCGCCCCAACGAGAUUGAUCUCGUCGGCAACCAGACCCUGGAUGUUGCCCAGGAUUGGUCUUACAACUUUGCCGAGCUUCUGGGCAAGGGCGGCGCCGAGAACAGUGACUUCCACGACCUUCUCCGCCUGUACCUGGCCCUGCACGGUGACCACGAGGGUGGAAACGUUUCUGCCCACGCUACUCACCUGGUCGGUAGCGCCCUGAGCGAUCCUUUCCUCAGCUACAGUGCCGGUCUUCUGGGUCUCGCUGGCCCCUUGCACGGAUUGGCCGCCCAGGAGGUCCUCCGCUGGAUCAUGCAGAUGCAGGAUAAGAUCGGCACCAAGUUCACCGAUGAGGACGUCCGCACUUACCUGUGGGAUACCCUCAAGUCUGGCCGUGUCGUUCCCGGCUACGGCCACGGUGUUCUGCGCAAGCCCGACCCUCGCUUCGAGGCCCUGAUGGACUUCGCUUCCACCCGUCCGGAUGUUCUGGCCAACCCUGUCUUCCAGCUCGUCAAGAAGAACUCUGAGAUUGCCCCCGGUGUUCUGACCGAGCACGGCAAGACCAAGAACCCCCACCCCAACGUCGACGCCGCUUCCGGUGUCCUUUUCUACCACUAUGGUUUCCAGCAGCCCCUGUACUACACCGUCGCCUUCGGUGUCAGCCGUGCCCUCGGACCUUUGGUCCAGCUCAUCUGGGACCGCGCCCUGGGCAUGCCCAUUGAGCGCCCCAAGAGCAUCAACCUCCUCGGCCUCCUGAAGAAAUAAGCUACACGUUGAACGUG